AGAUUUUUGUUGCAUGGUUCAUUGUUAUUUUAUGGACACCUAUUAGCUUGUACAUAAAAAGGAUUUUAUUAUUAUUAUUAUUUUUUUAUCAUUCUUGGCAUGGGAUGAUGUUAUAAUUUAUUAAUUUCUUUUCACUUCUAUUUUGGUCAAAUCAGUAAUUUAUUUUACAUCGUGAAUAAGGAUCAGACUUUUGUUUCAAGCCUUUGGCCCCCACACGUAUAUUUGAAUAAAAAAAAUGCCCUCAAAUCCUACUAGUGUAAAGGUACAUUGUUCAAGACUAUAAGCAACUCAGUGGGAGUUAUACGUCUAACGUUUUUGAGGGGGUGGACUAUUGUGGCAAGGUUAACUUGGAUACCUAACCCAUAGACUAUAUGCAUUAUUAACUUUAGUAAGCUGCAAAAAUGUUGAAUAUUAAGUGGAAAAAACUUUCCAAAUAAUUGAAAAUGAUAUCAUAUUUGUUGUUUUUUUUUUUUUUUUUUUUUUUUUUUUUUUUUUUUUUUUUUUGUAAAGACUAUUUUGACUUGGUAUAAAUAAAUACUUCAUCAUAUAUGACUAUUAGUUGCAUUCAUAUAUCACACUACUAAUUCUCUGCACUUUGGGGGAAAGAAAAAAAGGAAAAGGGAAAAAGAGUUGUUUGGCAUUACAGAUGGGGUGGUCAUCACCAUGGUUGUGUCUUCUCUGGUUUCUCUUCCUUUCAUUGGCUUUAUCCUAUCCAUCUUCUAAUUCUUCAUUGUGCCAUCUUCAUGAGAGCUCCGCUUUGCUACAAUUCAAAAACUCAUUUUCCAUUGACAACUUUCCUGGUUAUGCUUAUUGUGGUUUUGAUGAACCUGAAGCAGAAGCAAGCAACAGUAAGACACUUUCUUGGAAGAAUGGUACAGAUUGUUGCACAUGGAGUGGAGUCACUUGUGAUAAAACAGGUAAUGUGAUUGAGCUUGAUCUUCAUUGUAGUAGACUUUUAGGAAUUAUUGACUCCAACAGCAGCCUUUUCUUGCUUACACACCUCCAAAGUCUCAAGCUCUCUAACAAUGAUUUUCAAGGCUCCCAGAUUUCAUCUCAGUUUGCUAGGUUUACAAGUUUAAAGCACUUAAACCUAUCAUAUUCCAAUUUUUCUGGCCAAGUCCCUGUAGAAGUCUCUUAUCUAUCAAAGUUGCUUACACUUGAUCUCUCCAUAAAUUAUGGGGUGAGUUUAGACACAUCUACCAUGCGAAAGAUCAGUACAAACCUAACCAGUCUUAGGGUUCUGAAAAUCUGUCUUGUCGAUAUGAUUUCCGUAAAACCUCACUCUUUGAUGAAUUUGUCGUCUUCCUUGACAUAUCUUAAACUUAGAUCUUCUUAUCUUCAAGGGGACUUCCCAGAAAACAUUUUCCGUCUACCAAACCUCCAAGUGCUUGACUUAGGUUGGAAUGAAAUUCUCAAUGGUUCUAUUCCAAACUCUAACUGGAGUAGUCCACUCAGAAAGUUAAGACUUUCUGUGACCAAAUUCUCAAUCAAUUUUUCACAUCUUGCUGGAACUUUGAAGUCUUUGAAUGAAUUAUAUCUUCGUAAUUGUAAAUUUAUAGGAUCAUUUCCUUCCAUGUUCGUGAACAUUACAAAAAUCUCUGUUUUGGACCUUUCCUAUAACAAUUUAAAUGGCCAAGUCCCCUGGUUCUAUCUAAAUUUAGAGAAACUGACUUAUUUAGAUCUUUCCGGCAAUAAUUUUAGUGGUCAGCUUCCAGAAACUGUUGCUAAUCACUCAAAUCAAAAUUCUUUCUUAUAUGAUUCUUCAACAGAGCAAUUACUGGGUCAUGUUCCCCUGAAUUUAGCGAUACUAGACUUAUGUGACAACUUGCUGAGUGGAAGAAUACCAUCUUGGUUAUAUUCCAUUCCAACUUUGGAGUACUUGAACGUGCAAGGCAACCAGUUUAGUGGAUCUAUUGAAGAAUUCCAAUAUGGUUCUUUGGUUCAUCUUAAUUUAGGUUAUAACAAACUCCAUGGCCCUUUUCCAGCAUCAAUAUUUCAACAAGUGAAUCUCAGAUAUCUACGACUUCCAGGAAAUAAGUUGAGUGGUGUUGUGGAUUUACACCAGUUUUCAAAGUUGAAGAACCUGCGUAGAUUGGACCUUUCAUAUAAUGAAAUUUCAGUAAGUUCUAACAACCCCAUGGAUUAUACUUUGUCCAACAUCCUUUACAUAUUGGAAUUGUCUUCAUGCAACAUGAGUGAGUUCCCAUACUCUUUAAGAGCUUCAGAAACUUUAGGAUAUCUAGAUCUUUCCUACAAUAGAAUUCAAGGCAAUAUUCCCAAAUGGCUAUGGAAUGUGGGCAAGAAAAACUUAUAUCAUUUGAAUCUUUCUCACAACUUUUUGACAAAUGUAGAACAACUUCCAUGGAAGUACCUAGGUCUUCUUGAUCUUCGUUUCAAUUUGAUUCAAGGACACCUUCCAAUUCCACCUCCUUCUACAAGUUAUUUUUUUAUUUCAAACAACCAAUUGAUAGGAGAGUUGCCUUCUUUGAUUUGUAGCCUCACUUUUAUUCAAGUCCUCGAUUUGUCUAAUAACAAUUUGAAUGGUAGCAUUCCUAUGUGCCUUGGAAAUCUUAAUCACCUCUCAGUUCUGGAUUUAAAGAUGAAUAUGUUUGAUGGCGUGAUUCCAACAACAUUAGCAAAAGGAAAUUCCUUGAGGAACAUCAACCUAAAUGGUAAUCGAUUGGAAGGACCAUUGCCCCAAGCUUUGCUCAAUUGUAGAAACUUGGAAAUUCUUGACCUAGGUAGCAACUUGAUAAAUGAUACUUUCCCUCAUUGGUUGGAAUCACUUCCAAUGUUGCAAGUUCUCAUAUUGAGAUCUAACAACUUUCAUGGUUCUAUAGAUGGUCCCAAUGUUAGACUUCCAUUCCAAAAGUUGAGAAUCAUGGACUUGUCUUAUAAUCAAUUCAAUGGUCGUUUGCCAACAAAAUAUUUUGAGAAUCUCUUGGCUAUGGUGGAUGAACAUGUGGAUAAAUUGAGAUACAUGGGUGAAAAUAUCUCUUAUUCUGACAAUGGUUACUAUCAAGAUUCUGUGAUAGUGACAAUCAAAGGCUUUGACAUGGAAUUGGAAAAAAUCCAGAACAUCUUCACAACCAUUGAUUUUUCAAUGAAUAAUUUUGAGGGAGAGAUUCCAGAGCUGAUUGGAAAUCUCAAAGGUCUGAAAGGUCUCAACUUGUCUCACAACAACAUAAGUGGUCAUAUUCCACAAUCAUUGAGAAAUUUAACUAAUCUGGAAUGGUUAGAUCUCUCCUCGAAUGAGCUUUCAGGUUCAAUUCCCAUGCAACUAAUAGAAAUGGUGUGGCUUGAAGUCUUGAACCUUUCACAGAACCGGCUAGUGGGAGCCAUACCUCGAGGAAACCAAUUCGAUAGUUUUGGAAAGGAUGCUUUCAUUUGGAAUCUGGGAUUAUGUGGAUUUCAGUUGUCUAUAGAAUGCGAUGAUAGAGAUCAACAACCAUCUCCAUCAGAAGGUGAUCCAUUGGAGGCUGCAAAUGAAUUUGAUUGGAAGUUUGCAAUGUUGAUGGGAUAUGGUUGUGGAUUAGUGAUUGGAAUAUCAGUGGGAAGUAUGUUGUUUUCAGACAAAAGACUUGCUUGUUUCAUAAGAAAGGUUGGAGGAGAGCAAUGGAUUGAAUUGCUAAGAAGACAGAAGAAGAAUAAGAAGAAAAAGAAGAAGGAUCUCUUCACUAACAAGAUACGAAAUCAGUAGCCUUUUGGAAAACUUAAUCUGCAAAAAGGUUUCGAUCCGAAAUCUACACUGUGUGAGUUUUUCAAAGUGGGACAGUGUACCAAGGGUUUCAAAUGCAAGUUUUCACAUGACUUGAAUGUCCAGAGGAAGGGUGAACAGAUUGGUAUUUAUAAACAUAACAGAGAAGAAACCAUGGAGGAUUGGGAUCAAGACACAUUGGAGAAGGUCGUGGAGUCAAAGAAGACAUAGUAUAACCAGAAUAAGCUGACUGAAAUUCAAAGUUUAGAUACAUAGAGAAGAGAUGAGGUUUAGUUCCAUAUCAAAUUGAGCCAGGCUCCAAAUUUCAGGUUUGCAAAUACUUUCUUGAAGCAAUUGAAAAGAAACAGUAUGGUUGGUGUUGGUUCUGGGAUUGCCCAAAUGGUGGCAAAGAUUGUCACUACAGACAUGCUCUUCCUUCAGGCCAUGUUUUGAAAUCUCACUUCUCGAGGAAGAGGCCAAAAAGAUUCCCAAUUGAGGAGGAAAUUGAGAAUCAGUUUUGUGUUUCCAAUCUAAUUUUGGUUCAACGAAGGAUUACUUUAGCGUGCAAAAGUAAACCCCUCCUAUGACUACUGAGCUGUUCUUUCAAUGGAAGAAGAAAAAGAUGGAAGAAACUGGUCUUGCUGCACAACAAGAAAAAAGAGCUAAGAAUGACCACAUGAGUGAUCAAGCGCUGUUCCUUUCUGAUUCUUGCUUGUUUGUGGAUGACACUAAGGCCUAUGAAAAAUACCAGAGAGAAGUAGAAUCUGAGGUUGCUGAGCAAAAGAAUGCAUAUGUACUUGCAGAAAGUAGAGAAGCACCCCCUUACUUUUUAUUCUUUUGUGCAAAAUGCAUAUGAUCUGUUUAAGGUUGCUGUUAGUCAGCCAAAAGUACCAUUGGGACGGUGUAGCAAGGGUUUCAAAUGCAGAGUUCUCAUAUGACUUGAAUGUCCAGAGGAAGGGAGAGAAGAUUGAUACUUACAGUGAUAAGCGUGACAAAGAAGAAACCAUGGAGAAUUGGGAUCAAGAGACAUUGGAGAAGAUCGUGGAGUUGAAGAAGACAGAGAGUAUAACCAGAACAAACCAACAGAGUACAACUGUUAUUAGUUGGUCUAGGUGUUUUUUUUGGUAGUCUAGUUGUUGUUAAACCUUUUAUGGAAAAUUAUCAAAUAUGUGAAUAUAUGACUAGCUGACCACAGGAAGUAAAUAACUCCCUAUUAUUUUCUUUUUGUGAUACAUCGAUGAUAGAACUUUGGUAUCUUAGAAAUGUAUUUUCAUCAUUCAUGGUUUUCCCUCAUAGAUAAUGACUAACGGUUUUUAUAUAUAUAUGUAUGAUUCAAUCUUUCUUUCUUCC